UUCAUGGCAGCGAUGUCUCCUCAGCAGGAGACUCUGGGAGGACAGCCGGGGCGCUCCUUUUCCCUGACAGGAGUGUCUCGGAUCGCGGGGGACACCGGCACCAAGAAGCCCUCGGGUGCCCCCGAGGUGGCCUGGGCGCGACUGCCCCUUGGCGGGGUCAGCUCUGAAGUUGUCAGGGCCGGCGGCUUCUGCCUGGAGCGGCAGCCGGCACUGAUGAAGGUAGGCGGCUCGGCUGCGGCGCCCGCGGGCUCAGUCCGCUCACCUGGCCGGAGCGCGACUGCUCCGCGGGAAAAUCCUUCUGCUAGCAUCGACACAUGUGCAUUUCUGUCAUCAUUUGUGUGCUCAAAUAGGACUCUGCUGAUUGAUGGCCGGGUAGAACUCAAAAGAGGCCUGCAGAGGCAGGAGCGGCAUCUUUUCCUAUUCAAUGAUCUGUUUGUUGUGGCCAAAAUCAAGUAUAAUAAUAACUUUAAGAUUAAAAACAAAAUUAAAUUAACUGAUAUGUGGAUAGCAAGCUGUGUGGAUGAAGUGGGAGAAGGCAACACCAAUACUAUGAAAUCCUUUGUCUUGGGCUGGCCCACUCUCAACUUUGUGGCCACUUUCAGUUCUCCAGAACAAAAGGACAAAUGGCUCUCUCUCCUUCAAAGAUACAUCAAUCUAGAGAAAGAGAAGGACUACCCGAAGAGCAUUCCCCUCAAAAUCUUCGCCAAGGACAUUGGGAAUUGUGUCUAUUCUAAAACUAUAACAGUAAAGAAUUCAGAUACAGCGAAUGAAGUUAUCAACAUGUUAUUUUCAAUGCUAGGGAUAACUGGCUCUGAGAGAGAUUACCAGUUAUGGGUCAAUUCUGGCAAGGAAGACGCACCAUACCCACUCAUUGGCCAUGAAUAUCCCUAUGGAAUUAAAAUGAGCCAUCUUCGAGACACUGCACUCUUGACACCAGGAUCAAAGGACUCAACCACCCCUUUCAAUUUCCAAGAGCCCUUCCUCAUGGAAGAGCUGCCCCGAGAGAUGCAGUGCCAGUUUAUCCUGAAGCCCAGCCGCCUGGCUGCAGCCCAGCAACUGAGUGAUUCAGGUCACAAGACAUUUAAAAGGAGAAGAUCCAUCAUAAACUGGGCCUUUUGGCGAGGUUCUACCACUCACCUGGACAACUUACCCUUGUCACCGCCAACAUCUCCUCCUGUGGCAGGACAGCUCUUUGGAGUUUCUCUGACAAAUAUUUGUGAGAACGACAAUCUGCCCAGGCCUAUCUUGGUAAGGCUCAUUUUGAAUAAUGAUUUAAAAUAUUUGUUUUUUCAUCUAUGUAAGGAUUUUCUACGAAAUAUUCCAGGAAGUAUUUUUUCGUCAGAUCUCUAUGAUCGCUGGGUCUGUGUAAUGGAUCAAGGAAAUGAUGAAGAGAAAAUAAACACAAUUCAAAGGCUAUUAGACCAGCUUCCAAGAGCCAAUGUUGUUCUCCUAAGGUAUCUUUUUGGGGUUUUACACAACAUUGAGCAACAUUCUUCAUCCAAUCAGAUGAAUGCAUUUAAUUUAGCGGUGUGUAUCGCUCCAAGUGUUCUUUGGCCUCCUACUUCCUGCAGCCCAGAACUAGAAAAUGAAUUUACAAAAAAGGUUACCCUGCUUUUACAAUUUCUGAUUGAAAAUUGCUGUAGGAUAUUUGGAGAAGAAAUCACUUCCCUCUUCGGAGAGGUUUCAGGGAGAUGUGACACUAGAGGAAAUGCCUCAGAUAUUUCUCGCUUCCAACUGAGUGACUCCUCAUAUGACAGCUUGGAAAAUGAACUAAAUGAGGAUGUUGAUACCCCAUGCAGCAACAUGGUAAAGAAACUUGGCCAGGGGAGCAGAAGCAUGGACUCUAUUUUAACGUUCAGUGACUACGACUUCGACCAACCUGAAGUGGAAGACCUUUUAACCCUGAAUGACUUUGACUCAGACCAUUCUAAAGAAGAUCAUGCUCAAAUGGAACACCCUCUUGAAUCCAAGCCGGUGAACGUUAGAAUGUGCACGAAUAUCCCACCACAGGAUCCUGCUGAGGCCCCGUCUGGCACACGCAGCCACCUGUCCACAGCUGCAGCAGAUGCUGCAAAAAUCGUGAGGCGAAACCGGCGCUGCUCAGAGCCCAGCAUCUACUAUCUGGAUUCAAAGCUUUCCUAUCUCAGGGAGUUUUAUCAGAAAAAGCUACGCAAGUCCAGCUGUGAUGCAGGUCUCUGUCAAAAAGAUGAGGACUAUCUGAAGCAGAAUCAACCACUCCAGGAAGGGGUCAAGACAUAUUUUAAACAGAGUUUGUUCUCAAGCACUGACACCAGCAAGAAAAAUUCUACUAAUCCAAACAUUAAGAAGAAAAUCUUGCCUAGUAAUGAAGGAAAUUAUAUGAAACUUUACCAUAAUUCCAAGCCAUUGGCCAUUUCUGUGUCCUCACAGGAUCAUUUCAAGAACCAGCUGUUUGAUGUGGAUACAUCUGGAUACUCCCCACCACACACAGCAGAUGCUCUCAAGAGUUCAAGGAAACACCGGCGCUGCUCAGAGCCCAACAUAGAUGACCAGAAAGGCAAGCUGUCCCUUCUCUGGGGGAUUUGUUCAAAGCAGCAUAAAAGCAGCUGGGAAUCUGUUCUCUCGCAUGAAGAGGAUUAUCUCAAACGGCAUAAGUCUUUGCAAAUAGAGGGACAAAAGCUUAUUAGUCAGAGUUUGGUCCUGGGGAUUGAGGUGGGCAAGAGUAGUGCCACAAACCAAAACACUGAGAAGGUUUUACCCCCAAGAUUAAACCUUUGCCCAAGGACUAGCUAUUCCAGCUUAUCCUCUCCAGGCACCUCCCCAUCAGGCACACCGGUGAGCUCCCAGGACAGUGCUUUUUCUCAGAUUUCUGAACACUCUCUGUUUACACCCACUGAAACUUCCUCUCCAAUAGAUUGUACUUUUCAGGCUCAAAGAAAACAAGAAAAACUUUCUUCGGACUCUAGCAGUUCCAGCCUUGUUUCUGGAAUGCCUGGUCCCUCAUUAGGACAGGCCAGCAGUUACCCAGCUUAUACAAAAAAGGACACCAAAGAAUGGCAUUCACAAACACAUUCUGUAACUCUUCAUCCUACAACAUGGUUGAGAAAUGGUGUGGCCAGUUUAAAAAACUGGUCUCUCAAAAAGAAAGCAAAGGCUGCCAGACCAGAGGAAAAGAAAACGGGUUCCCUAAAAGGACCCUUGGAGCUACCUCCAGAUGCUUCUGGUGUUCUAGAAGACAACUCACUGCAAGAGAAACAGAAUGACAUUUCCUUAAGGGCGGCUGAGGGACUGGGAGCUGUGCAGUCAGCCCAGUGGUGUGGUUCUCCCCCCUGCCAGGACUCAGGCGGACACUGCAGCUCUCGAUUCAGCCUGGUGGAAGGCAAACUCAAACUGUGUAUGAAGUCCCAUGAAGAAGUAGAGCAUGGUGGCCAGGGCUCUUCCCUGCCUUGUGAAAGAGCCUCAGCCAGCUCUUGGACUGUGGAGGCUGUGGCCAGCCCAGACUCAGGGCCUGCAGUGGUCUGUGAUGUUAGGGACAAACAUUUAACCAAAGACAUUUAA